AUGCCUGAUAAAACUGCUAGGUCCAGCGAAUCGGAUAUUGCUCAAAACUCUCUUGCAAAAAGACCAAAGGUCGACUCUUUUGAUAAUGAUGCUUCUGGGAAAGAGCUGAUGGCUGCUACUAGUGUGACUUCCGGCUCUCUUACUAGAUCAGUGAAGCGAGUAUCAGAUUUGAAUGCUCCUAUUAUGCAUCUGACUGGCCAUGAGGGCGAAGUGGUUUCUUGUAAAUUUAGUCCAAACGGCAGGAAUCUGGCUACUGCUUCGUUUGAUCGCUUGAUCCUACUCUGGAAUGCCUUUGGCGCGGCAGAGAAUCACCACAAACUAGCAGGUCACACUGGUGCAGUCUUGCAAGUGCAGUGGUCUCGAGAUGGAUUGCAUAUCUACUCUUCUUCUGCUGAUAAAACAGUAGCCGUUUGGGACGCCGUCAAUGGAGAACGAGUUCGAAAGUUCAAGGGCCACACUUCAUUUGUCAAUGCAUGCUCAGCCAGUCGACGCGGUCCUGAGCUUGUUGCAAGUACUGGCGAUGAUGGUCUAAUAUUUUUGUGGGAUCCUCGGCAAAAACAACAUGCAAAAAAAUUCAACGAUCCUUAUCCUCUCACCUCCAUUGCAUUCUCUUUGGACGGAGGGUCUAUUUUUGCUGGCGGAAUAGAAAAUGAUAUCAAGGCAUGGGAUCUUCGAACUGACAAUGUAGCAUACGUUAUGGCUGGGCAUGAUGAUACAAUCACUGGACUUUGUCUAAAUGCUGAUGGCGAUAAACUUUUGUCCAAUGGACUGGACAAUACUGUUCGCAUCUGGGAUGUCAAACCCUUUACUCUCACACCUUCUCGGCUUUCGAAAACAUUUGAAGGUGCACCUCAUGGAUUUGAAAAAAACCUAAUUCGCCCAUGCUGGUCUCCGGACUCUCAGUUUAUUGCUGCAGGAAGCGGUGAUAGAUCAGUGGUGGUAUGGGAUGUUGGGUCUAGUGAUAUAGUUUAUAAAUUGCCUGGACACAAGGGCUGUGUCAAUGAUGUGGACUGGACUGGAUCUAUUAUUGUCUCGGGGAGCAAUGACAAGACUGCUUUCAUGGGUGAAUUGAAUACCAGUGAAGUAAAAUAGCAAAUAAACAAACUC